UGAGAGGAUAAAAGCUUCCUGUUACACCGUGUCCUGCUCUAACUUACGGGUGGUUCUGUGUUGUGAUGAAUAAUGAAGGAAAUCCUAGCGAAGAUAGAACAGCUACAACUGUUAACUCCCCAUUCGACUUACAUCAGUUCACAUAACCAUAUUAAACAGUUUGGUUGGUCAGACCUUAAACUCCAUGAAUACCAAUUGUCAGGGGUGAACUGGUUGCUGUCACAAUACUACAACAAACAUGGCUGUAUCCUUGGAGACGAAAUGGGUCUCGGUAAAACCUGCCAGACGAUUGCAUGUAUUUUGUUCCUACGCAAAACAGAGAAGAUUCAAAAACCUGACAUUGUUAUCUGUCCACGAUCAGUGCUGGAAAAUUGGCAAUUGGAAUUUGAGAGGUUUUCUCCCAAUUUGAAAGUGAAAUGUUUGAUUGGAGAAAAGAAUACACGGCAAGAGAUUCUGGAGAAGAUGGUUUCCACGGCAACAGAUGCAGAUGCCUCCCUAGAUGUCCUGUUAACAACAUAUGAGAUUUGUCUUCGAGACGAGCUUCUGAAAAGGAUAUCUUGGCAUUUGAUGGUUGUCGAUGAAGGUCACCGACUGAAGAGCCAAGACUCUAUGCUCAGGUCCACUCUAGUUUCAUGGAAUGUCCAUCAAAGAAUCCUGUUGACUGGAACACCAGUCCAGAAUAAUCUCCAAGAAUUAUUUUCCUUGUUAAAUUUUGUCUCUGAACUGAUUUUUCCCAUGAAACUGAAGGAUUAUUUUGUUGAGAAAUAUCAAACGCAAACCGACAAAAAAGCCACGUCUGAGUUGCAUCAGAUAUUGAAACCAUUCCUGCUGCGCCGGGUGAAGGAAUCCGUCCUUGACCUCCCCAACAAAUCUGAAGUUGUUCUCUUUCAUGGACUCUCGGCAUUACAGAAGAAACUCUACAAAGCCAUUCUCACCAAGGAUCACACGGCAUUCCUCAGUAGCAGCUGUGCACCUGGUGAUCGCAGCCAACAUAACAUGAUGAAUAUUUUUAUACAGCUUCGCAAAUGUGUUAACCAUCCUUACUUGUUUGAUGGUAUUGAAGAGGAACCAUUUGAAAUUGGAGAGCAUCUGGUUAAUUCUAGUGGCAAGUUGGAACUAAUUGAUCAGUUAUUGCAACAUCUGAAGAACGCUGGACAUAAAGUGUUGAUGUUUUCGCAGAUGACACGGAUGUUGGACAUCUUGCAGGAUUUUCUCACUUACAGAGGCUACACUUACGAGAGACUUGAUGGUUCCACACGAGGAGAUGAACGUUUUCUUGCCGUCCAGAACUUCAAUCGUGAUGAAGGGACCUUCAUAUUUCUGUUGAGCACCCGUGCAGGUGGUCAAGGAUUGAACCUGACAGCAGCUGAUACUGUGAUAUUUGUUGAUAGUGACCUCAACCCACAGAUGGACCUCCAGGCUGUGGCCAGGUCACACCGUUUUGGUCAAUCUCGCCCAGUGAAAAUUAUACGCCUCAUCGGUGCUGACACAGUUGAAGACAUCAUCUUCCAACGGAGUGCAGUGAAACUGAAGUUAACCAAGCGUGUCAUCGAGGAGGGAAACUUUUCAUUGAAAACUCAGAAAGCUUCACAGAUUUCCUCCAUCACUGAUGACAAAGUCAAGCUGCAAGAUAUUCUGAAGUUUGGGGUUGACAAACUGCUGCAGAACCCUUCUGGGGACACUCCUCUGUCCAUUGACUUCCCUGCUGUAUUGGGCAGCUCAGACAACAAUCAGUGGACAAUAAGUGACCAAGAAGAAGCAACAGAUUUGGUGGGACAACAGUGUUUCAAAACCAAUGAUGACGCAGAAGAUCAACCAUCCACGAUUUACCAAUUUGACGGUUUUGACUAUUCUAAAGCGCCGUCUGCAGCUGAUCUUGAUGCCUUUGACACACUUGGAGAAGAAGCACCAGAAGUUGUGGUUGGUAAAAGAAGAAAUGUCUCUGUGGCGAUGCCAUCCACUUCUAGUACCAAACUGACUCCAGAACAAAUUGAAGAACGAGAAAAUAAGCGCAAGGAGACUUUAGAACAGAAACUGAAGGAACGAGAGGCCUUAGCCAGAAAAAGGGCUGCCGAGAAGGAAGAAAAGAAGGCUGCUCUGUGGAAAGAAAAUGGUUACGUUUCAUGUAAACUGACAUCAGAUGGCUCCGAAGAAGACAGUGAUGAGGAAGAAAACUCUGUAGACCCUGUGGACAUUUCCUAUGUGAGAGGAGAUGUGACACACCCUGUGUCCGUGCCACAGACUGACCAAAGCUUUGUCAUCCAUUGUAUUGACAAUUCCGGCCAAUGGGGUGUAGGAGGGGUAUUUACUGCCAUCACAACAAGAUCAACAAUUCCAAAGACACAGUAUGAAUUGGCCAAAGAGAUGAAAGAUAUAAACCUCGGUGACUGCCACUUAAUUACUCUGAAUGAAGAUGAAAAGUGUUGGCUGGCCCUUAUCGUAGCCCAACAUCGAACUAAAAGUAAUAAUUUAUCUGGGAUCAAGAUGGAGGCUUUACAAGAAGGACUGAGGAAGGUUUCGGUUGAGGCAAGACAAAGAAAUGCCAGUGUUCACUUACCCAGAAUAGGACAUGAUACACCUUCCUUUAACUGGUACGGAACUGAGAGACUCAUCCGAAAACAUCUGGCAGUGAAAGGAAUUCCAACCUACAUAUAUUAUUACCCUCGACGUGGACAUUUAAAGCGGAGAAGGUCAUCCCAGGAAGCUGGACCAUCAACCAGAGAUGAUGAACCAUCCUCUGUUGCAUCGCCUGGCACUGCAUUGCCGGGCCCUGCAUCACCUGUUUGCUCUACGUCUCAAGGAGAUACCAAAAAGCAAAAUGGAUUGCUGGAAACAUUCCAAGGACUUUCUCUUCAUCUCUGGAACUGCAACCCGGAAGACAGCAAAAUGUACAAACGCUAUAUUAUUGCUUACGAUGGAGAGUUUCAUUCAGAAAUAACAGAAAGUACAACCCAUGUUGUUGUCUGCAUCAACAGUGACAUAGAGGAUCUUGCCUCGACUAUGCGCUAUGCCUCGUCUGCUGCAUUUGUGGUGAGCGUAAAAUGGCUGAGGAAAUGUCUGAAGACUGGUCAGUGUUGUCCAGUUGAGCCUUUUGAAGUAGACAUUCAGUAAAGUGACCACGGCAGGACCCACUUCAUUGCAACAGGCUUCGUAUUCCCUUCAUCGUUGCUGGCAACAGACCAGUAGAGCAUCGAACAAAUGCCUUGUGAAUCAUUUAGUGACUUUUUUUUUUGUGUGUGUUUUAAAAUCCCACCGAUGGAAACUUAAUUUUAUCAACCCUGGAUUGGCGAAAUGCCACGUACCAGUCAUUUGCUGAGGGAACCAAUAUAAAUCGACUGAUUAUCUCCCACCAAUAUGGGAUUUUGUGCCUCUUAGAAAUCAUUAUAAUCAUUAUUAUUAUUAUGGUGGUAAACUGGCAGAAUGGUUAGCACAUCAGGCGAAACGCUCAGUGGCAUUUCAUGUCUUUACAUUCUGAGUUCAAACUCCACUGAGGACGACUUAGCCUUUCAUCAUUUUGUGGUUGAUAAAUUAAGUACCAGUUGAGUACUGGGGUCGAUGUAAUCAACUUAACCCCUCCCCAAAAUUUCAGGCCUUGUGCCUUAUUUAAAAACUAUUUGCUUUUCAGGGUUGAUAGAAUAAGUACCAGUCAAGUACUGGAGGGGGGGGGGGUUGAUGUAUUUGACCAAAUCCUUCUUUCUAAAUCUUGCUGGCCUUGUGCCAAAAUUUGAUACCAUUGUUAUUGUGUUACUCACAAAAUUCUAUUCAUUUAUUCCAAAAUAAUUAAAAGUCUUUGGCUGUGAAGUUUAAAA